AUGGCAAAAAUUUCUAGAUAUGUUUUGCAGCAACGAAAAGAGAAGGGGCGAAGCCUGUUGAAUCUAAGCGAUUUGGAUCGGCUUCGGAAUCCGGCCUAUUUCCGCUGCGAACGGGAGAAUCGUGGCGGUAUGGGCCAUAAUCGACUGGAUCGCUUUACUCCAACAAUGGUCACCACUCCUCCGGCACCGUGCUGUUUUUCAAACGUGAAUUGGCGAUCGAGAAGUGAAACAUCGCUUUACUGUGAAAGACUUUGA